GAAAAUAUACCACUGCACGAUUGUACAAGUGAAGUCAAUUGAGCUGCGUCGGCAAUUCUGAAUGCAAACGACUUGAAUGAAAAUGGACUUUCUUACGUCACGCGGGCUGCAGCUUCUCUCCCAGCCGCCUUCAAGCUUCCUUGAAACUGUUUCUUGACACAGCCACAACACAACAACCUUGAUCGAGAUAAACUUGCUGAACCCCUAGCGAUCUAUGAGCCACGCUUCUAUACCCCGAACUUUACCAUAGACGCCUCCGUCACCAUGCAAGUAGCGGAAAUCCUGUCCGAUCUCACCUCAUUGCGCGUCUGUGACCACAAUGAUGCUCUGGCUCUCGUCACAGUUUAUGAGAGACUAGAUUCUUAUCCUACGGAAACUCAACUGCAGUCCGUUGACAGCAGAGAAGGAACUCCUGCUCUGCAGAAGGAGAAGGAUCAGCUCCGUCAAGCCAAGGAACUGGUUGAGCUGCAUCACGAAAUGAAAUCACGACAUGUGCUGGGCACCGUGGACGAAGAGCUGACCAAGUUAAGAGGGGACGUACAACGUGUCUUGCUGGAGCUAAGGCGCCAGUGAAUGUUCCCUAAGGAUUGCCGACCAAAGCUUGUAUACUCUCUUCUCACACGCGUUCCUUCUUUCUGGUUUAUGCGUUCAUGAUAGGCGUUGUUGAGAUUCAUUCAGCAUGCAACCUGUAUUCAUUGUUCUAUGGGUGGGUUAGUUUGAUGAUACCGGAUAGAUGUUUUCACAUUCUCUCUAGUGAGAAGUAUUGGUUGUAUGGCAUAGAGUGUGGUAUUUCUUCUUUCCAUGUUCUCAUCUCAUCACUGAACAUGAUUUACGAUUACUGAGAAAUGUCACACUUCCUCCAUCGCACAUAAUCACUUUCUCUGUCAACUCUGCCCUACUUUCUUACCUUCUUAACCUUAUCCCCGUUCUACUGCAACAACCACUAUCCCUCGACACCACCUCAGAAUUGGUCCCGAAUAUCUUCUCAACCCUCUAUCCCAUUUUCACUCACGCGUUC